UCCUCAUCGCGGGCCUGUCUCUUGGAUGGUGGAGCGGCGCAUGGGGCGAUGCCAGCGGGCAUCUUGAAUCGAGCUUCAAAGUGCCGUCUGAGGGCUUCUUGGGCGUCCACCACGUCCUCUUCGACGGGAGGCACCUUUCGUUUUCCUAGUGCGCUUGGCAUUUUUGCGAUUGAGAUUUGUAAGGUGCGUGUUGGUGGUGAAUUGCAAGGUGGGAUGGGAGCUCUUGACCAAAAAUUUCGGGGAGCUUUGCGGUAGCAGAACCUCGAUGGCUUUCCUUAUCUUAUCUGUUACCAUCUUUCGUACCAUUUGCGUAAAUUACACAUUAACCACCGCAAAUUGGAUGAAAUACCGUGUAUUCACAUCACCCCUCCAACAAUUGCUCACCCACUCCCUCAUCGUUUACUCACUCACUCACACACAAAAGCUACCCCGCCAAAACAUUCACUCACCCACCCACCCCCUUUUUCACCCCCUGUUCCUCCCUCACCACCAACAUGACCCGUUUCCGCCCCUGCAUAGACCUCCACUCAGGCCAAGUCAAACAAAUCGUCGGCGGCACCCUCGACUCCAAAACCACCUCCCUCCUCACCAACUUUAUCUCCCCCCACCCCCCAUCUUACUUCUCCAAGCUCUACAAAGAAAAUGACCUCCACGGCGCCCACGUCAUCAUGCUCGGGCCCGGCAACCGCACAGCAGCCAUCGAGUCCUUAGCCGCCUGGCCCAACAACCUCCAAAUCGGCGGCGGCAUCAACGAGACCAACGCCCAGGAGUGGAUCAACCUCGGAGCCUCAAAAGUGAUCAUCACAUCCUACCUCUUUCCCAACGGGACUUUCUCCCAGGAGAGACUAGACAAAGUCCUUGUUGCGCUUGGUGGGGACAAGGAGAAGCUGGUGAUUGAUCUGAGCUGCAGGAGGAAGGGCGAGGAUAGGUGGUUUGUUGCCAUGGAUAAGUGGCAGACAAUCACAGAUAUGGAGGUUUGUGAAGAAUCUAUCAGACAGCUCGAGCCGUAUUGCUCAGAGUUCCUCAUCCACGCUGCCGACAACGAAGGCCUGCAGCGUGGCAUUGACGAAAAGCUGGUGGAAAACCUGGCCAGGUGGUGCAGUAUCCCCGUUACAUACGCUGGCGGCGGUAGGAAUCUGGAUGAUCUGGAGAUGGUCAAGAAGCUCAGCAACGGGAAAGUGGACCUAACAAUCGGCAGCGCCCUGGAUUGCUUCGGCGGGAGCGGUGUCACGCUGCAAGAGUGCGUUGAAUGGAAUAAAAAGCAGUAAAAAUGAUGCAACAGGUGAAAAAAUAAAAGAAGGGCAUAUUGUUCCCAAUGCGUAUUUUUGGCGCUAACAAUGGACUUGAAUAACUAUUAAUACUGUCCAACAC